AUGCCGCCCAAGACGCCGUUUUCUUCAGGCUCAGAUACAGACCAGAGCGGCCCCACGGAUAGCGAAGAAUUCCCGUUGACGCAAAGUUUGAGAGAGCUGCACCAGAGAGAUGUUUCAGCGGGAUAUGGAUCGAGAGCACUUGGUGUGACCUGGAACAAUUUAACCGUCAAAGCUUUGAGUGCGGAGGCAGCCGUAAACGAGAAUGUGUUUUCACAAUUCAAUUUGGCAGCACGACUACGAUCCAGAUGCCAAAAACUUCCAACGCGCACAAUCCUCCAUAAGUCAAAUGGCUGUGUGAAACCCGGAGAGAUGCUGCUCGUCUUAGGUCGUCCUGGCUCAGGCUGCACAACGUUACUGAACAUACUUUCGAACCGACGAGCCGGCUACACGGAAAUCCUCGGCGAUGUCCACUUCGGUAGCAUGACGUCAGCCGAGGCACAGAAAUAUCGGGCCAACAUUGUCAUGAAUACAGAAGAAGAAAUUUUCUUUCCUUCGUUGACAGUCAAGCAGACGAUGGACUUCGCCACUCGUUUAAAGGUCCCUGCUAACUUGCCUGAGGGAACUGAUGCCAAGACGUAUGCUUCUGAGAUGGAAGACUUUUUACUGCAAGCUUUAGGUGUAUCGCACACAAUCAACACUAAAGUCGGAAACGAGUACGUUCGCGGUGUCUCUGGCGGCGAAAGGAAGCGAGUUUCCGUGAUGGAGUGCUUAGCCUCUCGAGCCUCUGUGUUCUGUUGGGACAACAGUACGCGUGGUUUAGAUGCGACCAAUGCUGUGGCGUGGGCAAAAGCUAUCCGCGCCAUGACAGACACUUAUGGUUUGGCGACAGUUGUUACACUCUACCAAGCCGGAAAUGACAUCUUCAACCUUUUCGACAAAGUACUAGUCUUGGAUCUCGGGAGACAGAUCUAUUACGGGCCAGCACAGCAAGCCAGAGCUUUCAUGGAAGAUCUUGGUUUUGUUUGCCCCCGUGGCGCCAACAUCGCUGAUUUUCUGACGGCGGUCACUGUUCCAACAGAACGUCGAAUUCGACCGACCUUUGAACAAUCAUUUCCGCGAGAUGCCGAGGCAUUUGAGCAACGCUACCAACAAUCCCCGAUCCACAAGUCGAUGAUGCUCGAACAGGGAUAUGCACAAUCCGAGGAAGCUCAACUUCGUACAGCAGAGUUCUGUGCUAGCGCAGCCCUCGAGAGACACUCAGAGUCAAGUCCAACAACAGCAGAUCUUCUGUCACAGGUUCUCGUUGCCAUAUUGCGUAACUAUCAGAUCAUUGCUGGUGACAAGGCUACGUUCGCCAUGAGACAAGGAUCGACCCUCGUACAGGCAUUGAUAGCAGGAUCACUCUAUUACAAUGCACCGGAUAAUUCUUCUGGGUUAUUCCUCAAGGCGGGCGCUCUCAACUGGUCUGUCCUGUAUCACAGUUUGACAGCUAUGUCCGAGGUCAUAGACUCUUUCGCUGGGCGACCCGUGCAUCUCAAGCACAGGGGCUUAGCCUUCAACAGUCCAUUGUCGAUCUGCAUUGCACAGAUAUUUGUGGAUCUGCCACUCAAUCUGUUGCAAAUCACAUUGUGGUCUCUUCCCGUCUAUUUCUUGGUAGGCCUGGAUUCAUCUGCUUCUCACUUCUUCACCUAUUGGAUCACUCUGUUCAUCACCACACUCUGCUGCAACUCCCUGUUCAGAUUGGUUGGUUCUUGUUCCCAAACCUUUGAUGGCGCCGCCAAGUAUGCCGGUUACAUCAUCAGCAUCAUGGCUAUGUAUACGGGGUAUCAGAUUCCAAAGACUGAAAUGCACCCGUGGUUCGGAUGGAUGUACUGGCUGAACCCAUUGGCCUACGCUUUCGAAAGCCUUAUGGCUAACGAGUUCCAUCUCAAGCACAUCGAUUGCGUGAGUGGGAAUUUGAUACCAAGUGGGGAGGCAUAUACCAACUCAGAAUUUCAAUCAUGCGCCGGAAUCAAGGGAGCCCAGCAGGGUUUCUCAUACUUGACCGGAGAUGAAUAUCUCAAGUCAUUAUCGUAUGACCACUCCCAUGUUUGGCGCAACUUUGGGAUCCUCUGUGGGUUAAAUGUCUUCUACUCCAUCGUUACUGUCGCGGCUACAAUAAAUUGGAGAGACAACGGGUCUUCUGCAAACCAUACUCUCAUACCGAGAGAGCUCGUGAACCAUCACCAAGCAUUGUCAGACGAUGUAGAAGCUCGAUCAGUGGACAUCAAAGAAAAGGUAUCAGCGUUACCAGGAGACGCAGGAUUGGUUGACAAUCCAAUUGCGGGAGGUCAACUCGAACGUACGACUUCAAAAUUUACGUGGAAUAAUCUCUGCUACACGAUCGACACCCCGGCUGGACCCAAAGUCCUCCUUGACCAGGUCGAGGGAUGGGUCAAACCAGGAACACUGACCGCAUUGAUGGGCUCGUCAGGUGCGGGGAAAACAACUUUGCUGGAUGUUCUUGCGCAGAGAAAAGUCGAUGGCCAUAUCAGUGGCUCCAUUCUCAUAGACGGACACCCUACGGCAUUAUCAUUUCAGCGGUCGACGGGCUACUGCGAACAACUCGAUGUGCACGAGCCAUACACCACGGUGCGUGAGGCGCUUGAGUUUUCGGCUUUAUUACGUCAACCACACACCAUUUCAUCGGAGGACAAAUUGGCAUAUGUUAACGUCGUAAUUGACUUACUAGAGCUUCACGACAUAGCCGACACACUGAUCGGCACUCCCGGUAAUGGGCCUGGCUUGAGCAUCGAACAACGCAAACGGGUCACGAUUGGAGUUGAACUGGUCUCCAAGCCAAAGCUUCUCAUGUUUCUGGAUGAGCCGACCUCCGGCCUUGAUGGUCAAGCGGCUUAUAACAUUGUUCGCUUCUUGAGAAGGCUCGCCGAUGCCGGGCAGGCUGUUCUGGUCACUAUACAUCAGCCGUCCGCACAACUAUUUACACAAUUCGAUCGGCUCCUCUUGCUUGCACGAGGUGGCAAGACAGUCUAUUUCGGAGACAUUGGUGACAAUGCCGAGACUGUAACGGGAUACUUUGCAAAGCACGGUGCUCCUUGCCCUCAUGACGCGAACCCUGCUGAACAUAUGAUCGACGUUGUUUCUGGUCACUUCUCUGAUGUAGACUGGAACAACAUCUGGCUGAAGUCCUCAGAGCACGACAGAGUCGUUGAAGAGUUGCAAGUGAUGACUCAGCCACUACCCAUAUCCACAGAACUCAAUACCGACGAUCAGGAAUUUGCCACACCACUGCUCUUCCAAAUAAGAGUUGUAUUGCGUCGCAUGAAUAUUGCGCUAUAUCGUAAUACACCUUAUAUCAACAACAAGGUGGCGUUGCAUAUAGGCCUUGCACUAUUCAAUGGCUUCACAUACUGGCAAGUCGGCGACACCGUCCAGGAUAUACAGUUGAGACUCUUUACUGUCUUCGUUUGGAUGUUUGUCGCAUCUGGUGUUGUGAAUCAGCUCCAGCCUCUUUUCAUCCAAAGGCGGGACAUCUAUGACGCGCGAGAGAAGAAAUCCCGUAUAUACUCUUGGAAAGCUCUCGUAACAGCUUUGGUGCUGUCAGAAGCGCCGUACUUGUUGUUUUGCGGCGUGCUAUACUUUUUGUGCUGGUAUUACGUCGUCGGGUUCCCAGCCGAGUCCCGUACCGCUGGUGCGACGUGCUUUGUCGUCAUCAUCUACGGAUUUCUUUACACUGGUAUCGGACAGUUCAUCGCGGCAUACGCUCCGAACGCUGUGUUCGCGGCCCUUCUCAACCCACUCAUCGUCGGAACUAUGAUCUCCUUUUGUGGAAUCUUGGUGCCAUAUGGCCAGAUCGUGGCGUUCUGGAAAUACUGGUUGUAUUAUCUGAAUCCUGUUACGUACCUGGUUGGGAGCGUCCUCACUUUCACCAUAUAUGACGUUACUGUCAAAUGCAGUGCUUCGGAGUUCGCCAUUUUCGACCCGCCUGACAACGCCACAUGUGGCCAAUACUUGGCACCAUAUCUCGAAAGUGCGGGAUCAAACCUCAUAAAUCCCGAGUCAACAGGGCUACGAUCAUGGAUGGAUUCAUGUAAGCAUCGUUUUGUUGUUUAUCUUGAGUUCUUACGGUUUGGUCUUCGUUAUGGUGAAGCUGAGGACAAGAGCCUCAAAGAAAUCGGAUACGUGAUAGAUGGCCGGAAAUUCACAGUUGUGAGCUUGGGAAUCGGGAAGUGGUUACUCGGAACUUCUGCUCUCCAUGGUCCCGCAGGAGCCACGGCCUUCUUCUGCCUAGUCUGA